AUGGCGACUAAAGACGUCUUCAUCGACGAGGACGUCGGCAAAGACGAUGACUCCGCGACUGGCACCGAAGCCGCCGCCUACAAGACGCUCGUCUAUGCGAUGCUGCUACACCCCGCCACGCCUGAAGGCCCCGUACAGUAUAUGACCAGAAAGUCCGAGACUGGACCGGUCGCUGAAGGGGAAGAGGCCUCGGUGCGCCUGCAGUGGAAGCCCGCGACCAAGUCUGCGCUCAAGAAGGCCACCAACCUCGUCGAGCAAAGGAAGAAGAAGGCGCUCAAGGAGAAAGAGCUCGCUGUCAGGGAGAAGGAGGAGUCUGAAAAGCGCAGGCUGGUGCUAGAGGAGGCGAAGAAGGUCGUCAUCAAGGAAGACGAGGCGCUGCCCAAGCCUGUCAAGAUCAGGUUGAAUGAGAGGGACCCCGCGGUCGUCAGGCCUCGAGCCGAAGGGGAUGAGCAGCCUGGAACUCGCGUGCGCGUUGUCGGGAGGGUGCAUCGUCUACGGACGCAGAAGGAUAUGAUGUUCCUGACGCUCUCGGAUGGAUAUGGGCUGCUUCAGUGUGUCUUUACGGGAGACCUGACCAAGACCUACGAUGCGAUGACUCUUACGCUCGAGACUUCGCUGGCCAUCCAUGGAGAGAUGCGGGCUGUACCCGUCAAGCAGCAUGCUCCCGACAACCGCGAGCUGCACGCAGACUUCUUCCAGAUCAUCGGUCGUGCGGCCGGUGACAAGGAGGCCAUCACCACGCGCGUGGCCGCAGAUGCCGACCCGCAGACCCUCCUCGACAACAGACAUCUGGUGCUACGUGGAGAGACCUCUUCAUCAGUGCUCAAGGUCCGCGCUGCCGUCGUACGGGCCUUCCGCAAGACGUUUGAGGAGAAGCAGAUGCUCGAAGUCACCCCUCCAGCCAUGGUGCAGACCCAGGUCGAGGGAGGAAGCACCCUGUUCGAGUUCAACUACUACGGCGAAAAGGCCUACCUCACCCAGUCCUCGCAGCUCUACCUGGAGACCUGCAUUGCUUCUCUGGGUGACGUAUUCUGCAUCUGUCCGUCAUUCCGUGCUGAAAAGUCCCUCACCCGCCGCCACUUGUCGGAAUACACCCAUAUCGAGUCAGAGCUAGACUUCAUCACCUUCAACGACCUGCUCGACCACAUCGAGGAGAUAAUAUGUCGUGUCAUUGACAUCUCGCUGGCUGAUCCGCAGAUCGCCGCGUUUGUCAAACAGCUCAACCCGGACUUUAAGGCGCCAUCUCGUCCCUUUAGACGUAUGCGCUACAGUGACGCCAUCGAAUGGUUGGUUGAAAAUGGCAUUCACAAUGAAGAGGGCAAGCCGCACUCGUUCGGUGAUGAUAUUGCCGAAGCUGCCGAGCGCAAGAUGACCGAUAUCAUCAACCAGCCUAUCCUACUCACUCAUUUCCCGGCCGAGAUCAAGGCGUUUUACAUGAAGAAGGACCCCGAGGACCCGCGCGUUACUGAGUCCGUGGACGUGCUCAUGCCAGGUGUUGGCGAGAUUGUCGGCGGAAGCAUGAGGAUGGACGACUGGGAUGAGCUCAUGGGCGCGUAUAAGAAGGAAGGGAUGGAUCCCACCCCGUACUACUGGUAUACCGACCAGAGGAAAUACGGUACCUCUCCACACGGAGGAUACGGACUUGGUCUUGAGCGAUUCCUCGCCUGGAUGUGUGGACGAUACACUGUCCGAGAAUGUUCGCUGUACCCCCGCUUCACAGGCCGAUGCACGCCAUAA